UUCAAUCAUCUUCUCUUUAUGAGAUUGCAUUUUGCAACGAGCUUUCCUACUUUUGUGUUUCCAAGCAAGAAGAGAUUUGGAAAAUGGCUUACAAUCUUCAACCUCUCAUCUCAAUUCUUGAAGGAAUCCUUGAUCCUGACCAAACACGAUGGAUCGUUGAUGAAAACAAACCUCAACUCCAAUCCCUCCACCUUAAAGCUACUUCUCUUCAGCAGCUCCUUGAUAAAUCUUCAUUCACCAAACUAGACGGCCAAAUCAGAGAAGUAGCACAUCAAGCUGAAGACAUCCUUGAAUCCCACAUGGUUGACCACAUGCUCUCUGGAUCUCACUGCGUGAGAUUCACUUUAUCCACACCGGAUCUGCAGCAAGUAACCCGAGAUCUUGAUUCUGUUAUGGAGCAAGUGAAGCUGGUGGAGAUGGAGGAUAAGAAGAUGCUUCGAGAAAUUGAUUCCGCUUUGGAACAAGUGAAGCUUGUGGAGAUGAAGGACAAGAAGAUGCCGCAUAGCAAUUCAUCGAGUUCCAAGAGUGUUGUAGUUGGAAUUGAUGAAGAUCUGAAGCAGCUCAAGGAUCGGCUGGCCGGGAUGCAGACAAAUCUGGAGAUCAUCUCCAUCGUUGGUAUGGGUGGUGUAGGUAAAACCACUCUCGCUCGAAAGCUUUAUGAAGAUCCAUUGAUUGUUGAUCACUUUUCAUAUCGUGCUUGGACGACUAUCUCACAAGAUUACAAUAUGCCACAAAUUCUUAAAAGCCUUCUUCGUUGCAUAACUGGACAAGAAUGUAAUCAACAUACCGAUACGUUAAAAGUUAUGUUGCAUAAAAAUUUAUACGCAAAAAGAUACUUGAUUGUAUUAGAUGAUAUAUGGAGCACAAAACUCUGGGAUGAAAUGAGAAUGUACUUCCCAGAUAACAGCAAUGGGAGUCGCAUUGUGAUCACCACUAGGGAAUCCGAUGUGGCGAACUAUGCUGACUCUUUGAGUUCGCAACAUCAUGUGCAACUGCUUAGCAAGUCUAAAAGUUGGAAUCUGUUAUACCAACUUGUGUUUGGAGAAGAAGAUUGCCCUCCUGAAUUGCAAGACAUUGGUCGAAAGAUUGCCAAUGGUUGUCGUGGGCUUCCUCUAGCCAUAAGUGUGAUUGGAGGACUACUAUCUGUGAUCGAAAGGUCAGAAGACGCUUGGGAGAAAAUUGGGAACAAUGUAAUAGAAACAAUUUCCAAAUCAGACGAGCAGUGUUAUGGCAUCUUGUCUUUAAGUUAUAAUCACUUGCCGAAUCACUUGAAACCAUGUUUCUUGUACAUGGGAGCUUAUCCUGAAGACUUCGAGAUUAAAGGCUCCAGACUCAUACGUUUGUGGGUGGCUGAAGGAUUUGUAAAAUCAAAUGGGAAAAGAAGUUUGGAGGAAGUGGCAGAGGAUUGGCUAAAGUCUCUAGUAGAGAGAAAUCUAUUUAUGAUUAGAGGAUACAACCAGCAUGGAAAACCAGAGAGUUACCACACGCAUGAUAUGUUGAGGGAUCUAUGCAUUAAGAAGAGUAAUGAAGUCAAGUUUUUGCAUGUGAAGAAUGGCUCCAAUAUCACAUCCUCUAAUCCGCGCCGCAUGAGUUUUGACACAUCGAAUGGAAUGGAUGGUGUUAAUGGUUCAACAGAGGCCAUGUCACUUACUCGAUCUAUUAUAUGCGUUGGUUAUAGAUGGGUUAUGUUUCCAUAUGGUGCCUUUUCCACAUCAAGAUUGCUAAGGGUAUUGGAUUUUAUGGAUAUGGAGUUCAAAGAGUUCCCAACUGAAAUAUUUGAAUUUGUCAACUUACGCUUUUUAUGUAUCUAUUGCUGGUCAAAUAUGCCUAGAGGAAUUUCAAGAUUGUGGAAUUUGCAAACCUUGAUUGGUUACUGUAAGUUUGAGGUGGUAUUUGAGCUAUGGCAACUCCCUAAGUUAAGAAAUCUCAAGGUGUUUGGAUUAGAGUUGUUAAAAGAUGAGGAGAUGAACUACAACGUUAUGAAGAAGCUACAGGUGAUUUCAUUUUUGAAUGUAGCUAAAGAGGCAACUAAUUGGGAUGGUUUCCUCAAAAGCAUUCCAAAUAUAAAAAAGCUUGUAAUUAAUUGGGACAACCGACUUAAACCCAUGGUAAUUGAUCUUAGCCAUCUUCACAAGCUCGAAAAAUUAAGAUGCGAUUCUUUUAGACAUGAAUCUCCUGAUGCACGUGGCCUCCAUUGUCUUUUCAACGUUAAAUUUCCUGGUAGUCUCAAAAAACUUUAUCUGUUUUAUUGUGAAAUAAAUUUGGAGGUGUUAAGGUCCUUGAGUGCACUUGAUAAGCUGGAAGUGCUCAAGAUAACUGGAUGCACUUUUAUAAGGGUGGAGAACACAAGUGAGGAAGAGUGGGAGGUAGCAGAAGAAGAUGUGUUCUGUUCACUGCAGUUUCUGUAUCUUAAAGAUUUGGGGAUUGUGCGUUGGAUAGCCGAUGAGACCAAUUUCCCUAGACUUUGCCACCUCUGCGUACGUCACUGCUACGGUCUAGAGGAAAUUCCUAGCGGCAUUGGAGAAAUCCCAACGCUUCAAUUAAUCAAGUUAGAAGAAUGCACUAAAUCUGCAGUGGCAUCAGCACAAAGGAUUGUGGAGGAGCAAUCUGAAAACGGCAACUACGAUAUCAAACUUCACAUCGCAAAAACACUCGACCGGUGAUCGCACUUCCAAUGGUGGUGAUGGCACUCUAAAAGGCAACUAUUUGAAUAUUUCGCAAUGUGGUUUCAGCAACAUGUGGGGCUUAAGUAGGAUUGAGUCGAUUGACAACUUCAUUUAUGUUUAAUAUCCGAGCUAUUUAUUAAAAAAUUUCUUCUUUGUCAAAUGUUUAAGUGUAAGGAGUUGGAAUAUUGGAUGAUGAAAGAGCUUUUUAUCCUAAGAAAGAGUGCGGGAGACCAACUGAUGGAUCAAACCAACGCAACUCACUAUUUUGUGGCCAGCUGAUGAGAUCAACUUCCUAUACUUUUGACCCAUUGUUAAUUUUUAUCCAAGGUUGUUAUGGAGGAUAUUAACAAUUAUAAAACAAAUUUAGACAAUAAUAUUUGUUGUUUCUUAGUUGAA